AUGGCAGAAGAGGCACCAAGCACGUCCAAUGGCAUUUUGUACAUCAAAGAUUCUCGCACUUCACUCGAAUACGAGAUUCCAAUCCGGCGAAAUUCUGUUGAGGCAACAGAAUUCAAGAAGAUCAAAUGUCCUGCUGAAGACUCUCGUCGCGCGGACAAAGUGGCUAAUGGCCUUCGCAUCUACGAUCCACGUCUUCUCAAUACUGCUGUGUCCGAGAAUCAUAUUACCUGGGCUGACGGAGAAAGAGGUUUUCUUCUCUUCCAUGGUCAUACUCUCGAAGAGCUAUCCGGUACAGACUUCGAGGACAUUCUACACUUAAUGAUAUGGGAAGAGCUACCAACCGCUUCUCAGAGAGAAGUCCUACGUUAUUCUCUUGCUGCUGCAAUGACAAAGAUCCCUCCAAGCGUUCCCAAAGUCAUUAAGAGCUUUCCUACAUCUGCACCACCAAUGCCAAUUGUAAUUGCCGGUCUAUCCGCUUGGCUAGCAUCCGAACCAGACUCUAUCCCCUCUCUGGCAGCAAAGAACAUCUUCCACGGAAACCUGGAAAAAGUCGACGAAGCAAUCAUUCGCACAAUUGCAGCGUAUGGAGUAGUUCUUGGUCUUACAAUCAGCUAUCGCAAAGGCUGUGAAUUCACCCCGCCGUCCCCGGAUAGGACUUUCUACGAGAACAUAUUCACUAUGAGUGGAAACAUCGAGUCCUCGACGGCGCAACCGAAUCCCACAAAAUUAUGUUGCUUCAGGCGAUGGGGUCCGGUCAUUGUAGACCACGGCAUGACAAAUUCAACAUUUGCCUUGCGGGUUGCGUCCUCCUCAUUAACCGAUCCUAUCUCUUCCUUAAUUGGAGCACUCACUGCUUGCAGCGGGUUGUUACACUUCGGAGCGCAAGAAGCUGCAUACAGAACUAUUGCAAAGGUGGGAAUUCCUGAAAAUGUUCCUACGUUGAUAGAAAAAGUGAAACGUAAGGAAGUGAGACUUUAUGGAUACGGUCACGCUUCCUACAAGACUAUUGAUCCGAGAGUUGCCCCGGUAUUGGAGUUGUUGAAAGAGUUGGGUACUGAUUCCAUUCCUUUCUAUGAUGUUGCGGAGGCUAUUCAUACGGCUACCGAGCACGAUGAAUAUUUCGUGAAGAGAGAGCUAUUUCCAAAUGUGGAUCACUACAGCCAGCUUUUCUAUCCUACCUUGGGAUUCGGCUGCGAAUAUUCCCCCGUACUGUCAUUUUUGCAGCGUUUACCGGGCUUUUUGGCACACUGGAAAGACAUGAUGUCUGGCAGUAUCAGACUAAUACGCCCAACCGAUAUUUAUAUUGGACCCACAGAGCCUACCUCUUAUGUGAGGCCCCUUUUUCGGUGA